UUCUAAUCUCUGUUCCUGAAGACUCACACCCUCAGACCGGAGCACACCGCGCUAACACACCGACUAAGGUGGGUUGAAGGAAGCCACAGCCGGGUGUAGGACCACAAGCAGAAAGGAAACAAGGCAACUGUGAGCUGGCUGACCAGGAUUGGAUGGAUUAAUACGAUAUCUGCAAGGACACCCAGUGAUAGUAUGUUAAUGAAGAUGUUUUUUGGCUCUCGUACGCGCCAACAUCAGGUGUUUGUUCACUAAUCAAUCGUUCCAAGGACUGGUUCCUUGGUCAGUGUUGGCUCACCAUCGAGAAGCAAGUAAAAGGAUCUCUCCCAGUUUUAGAUGACCGAUGGCCGACGUGGGAGGAAGCCCGUUCUCGAAGAUGGAGGAGAACUCCCAGAGUGUGAUCCUCACCUACUUCCAGGGGGACAUCGGUAGCAUGGUGGACGCACACUUCUCCCGGGCCCUUGCCAGGGCCGACAGGGCCAAGCCCAUCAAACCCAAAAAGAGCUUCAAGUUCCUCAAAUCAGAGGACCCAACGACCUGCCAGUGGACGGCCAGCUCCUCUGGCUCCUACCCGGAGGCGCAGUUCCUGAGCCGCAAGGGGUCCCAGGGCGGCCUGCCCUUCAGCCCCGUGGACCAGGCGCCCUCCGGCUGGCAGCCCUUCCCCUACCGGCAGGCAGGGGGCCCGGGGCUGCCCCCCAUCCCGUACUCCAUGAGCGCGGAGGGCCAGAGCCUCACGGAGCAGCAGUACGCCACGUCCCUGCUCAACCUGCUGCACAGCGACCGCAGCGAGAUGGGUCCCGGCCUGGCCUCCGGGUCCAAACCCGAGCUGAUGCCCAGCUGGACGGGGCCGGCCGCCUUCAGGGACGCCUUGGAUCCCACCGCUGACUUUGAUCCCGGAAGGAAUGUGGACAAGAAGGUCCUCUACUGGUACUAAAGAAACAAGUUUUUGCCCGAGUGGAGGGGGGGGGGGGGGGG